AUGAAGAAUCUUAUAAAAGCUGGUCGUAUUUAUGAGAGAAUAGAUGAGAAUUUUGAUUCAGGCAGCCCACUGGUAUCAGGACAGGGUAAUGUUGUAGAUGUUACCAGUGUCACAGUGGAAGAGAAAAAGGACAUCAUCGGCAAAGAAUCAUGUUUCGUGCGAUAUCCAUCAUCCAUAUACUUUAUUCUUGGGAAUGAAUUCUGUGAGAGAUAUAGCUACUAUGGAAUGAAAGCGAUUCUUGUGUUGUACUUCACUGAAAUAUUACUCCUGAACCGAGCGACUGCCACUUCACUUUACCACACCUUCACACUACUAUGUUAUCUUAUGCCCAUAUUUGGCGCUAUGAUUGCUGAUGGAUGGUGGGGCAAAUACAAAUGGGGUCCUGCUAUUGCUUUGUUACUGAUAGCCAUUGGAACUGGUGGCAUCAAACCUUGCGUAUCUGCAUUUGGUGGAGAUCAGUUUAGAAAGGACCAGGUUCAAGAAAUCCAAGUUUUCUUUUCCAUCUUUUACUUUGCAAUUAACUGUGGUAGUUUGUUGUCGACUUUCAUUACUCCAAUUCUUCGUGAGGAUGUCCAGUGUUUCGGAAACGACUGUUAUUCUUUGGCGUUUGGUAUUCCAGCUGUUCUUCUAUUUAUCGCUAUAUUACUAUUCAUUGUUGGGCGAUAUACAGUUGGUUAUAAAGAAUACCCGUCUCAUGGUAACAUAGUAUGGAGAGUCUGUAAGGCAAUAGGGCGUGCUAUUAAGAAUAAAAUUAUAUAUGGAAAAGAACGUAAAUUUGAACAUUGGUUGGAUUAUGCAUCUGAUAAAUAUGAUGCAAGAUUAAUUGAAGAUACCAAAUGUAUGCUUCAUGUCCUUAUCAUGUACAUACCAUUACCACUGUUUUGGGCGUUAUUUGACCAGCAAGGCUCCACAUGGACUUUACAAGCAACACAGAUGAAUGGACAACUUGGUGAUUCACAGGUAACAGUUAAGCCAGAUCAAAUGCAGGUUUUAAAUCCGUUUCUCAUCCUGCUUUUGAUUCCUAUCUUUGACAACAUUAUCUAUCCACUCCUAAGAUAUUGUAACUUCCGAUGUACACAUUUACAGCGCAUGAGCUGUGGUAUGUUAUUUGCGUGUUUGGCCUUCGUCUGUUCUGGUGUAAUUCAGAUUUACGUCAACGAAGGUGUUCGUAUUCCGCCCACAUCCAGCCAAUCAGGUGUCACCGUUAUAAAUGCAGCACCAUGUGGUAUUGGUUUACAACAAACUCAUGGUUCACUUGAUUCAUUGUAUGUUCCAUAUAAGAAGGUCCCAGAUAAACAUGAAAAACCAGAGAGAGGUUUAGCCUAUGCCAGUUUUGUGUUAGCUCUUACAAUGCCAGGACCACCAAAAGACAGUUAUCUCAUAAAAAUACAAGGAAAGGACAAAGAUCAUCAUUCCAAAUUUAAUGUCACAAGAGUUGAUGAUACAAGUCACUUUUAUGUAUCAAAAUGGGAUUUAUAUGAACCUGAUGUUUACAGAGUAUGCAUCUAUAUGAAUGAUUCUUACUGUCAACCAAAUGGUAAAAUCUCCUUCCUCAAUGGAGCAGUGUACACUAUUGUCUUCCAGUUGUCAAAUGACCCAAAUUCUGCCACAGGAAUGAUGGUUCUCCAUGAAACUGUUCCUGCAAACACUGUAUCUGUGUUUUGGCAAAUACCGCAGUAUGUUCUUAUCACAACUGGUGAAGUAAUGUUUUCUAUUACAGGACUGGAGUUCUCGUAUGCUCAGGCACCAGCAAGUAUGAAGUCCUGCUUACAAGCGUGUUGGUUGUUGACAGUGUGUUUUGGUAAUUUAAUUGUCGUUCUUGUUGCUGGAGCUCAGUUCUUCUCAAAUCAAGCUACACAAUUUUUCUUCUUUGCUGGAUUGAUGCUGGUUGUCUUCUUCAUCUUUGUUGUCAUGUCAUUCUGGUACAAGUACGCCACUCCUAGUCACUAUGACGACAUUCAUGAUGAUGAUGACCGGCUGAAACUAGGCGACCAUAUUGAAGAGGACACUGCUGAUGCUUUAUCAUUGACGGAUACAGAAGGGAAAAAAGAAGACUGAUAGAUGGGAAUUGUGGGUAAAUUAGAACAUUAUGGAUGAGUUGUGAACAUUAAGGCUGAAAGUUUUCACUGUCUUUGGUAAUCAUGAGUUGAUAAAAUCUUUGUCCCCAUUAUUCAUUCAGUCACAUAUGAAGGAAAACAAAUUGUAAAUUAUCACUUUAGCUCGGAUUCAUCAGUUUAUUUCCUUUGUCAACCAUUUUUAAUAAUUUCUUGAAAUGAAAUGAAAUGAAAAACAAAAUACUAUCAACAACGUAUAAAAUUAUACUUAAAAUUAUUUUUAAAUAAUGGCUACCAACAAAUACCCAGCAUUUUUGUUUUAAAACAAAUUUUAGGUAAUUUUGAAAAUUGUCAAUUAUUUUGUUUUGCAAUAUUGAGUGGUGCAUAAUUACAAACUAAAAUAUUGUUAUGGUUACAUACAAGAUAGACAGAAUUCAUUUGAUGAGAUAAUUAACUAUGCAUAUACUCAUUCCCAAAAUUUCUGUUACCAUGGUAGCUGUAAUCACAUCUGUACCAAAAUCUAAUCAAUUGCUUCCCGUGUUCAUAUAAUCAUUAAAAAUCCAUCCAUGGAAAUGGAAAACUAUUUGUGAAAUUGGUGUUUCCAUGGUAAUACACAUACACAUAGUUGUACCAAAAUUUAAUGGAUUUAUGAGAAUCUAUUUAUACUUUCUGCUAACAGACAAACA